AUGGCGGUCGAUAUCUUCGAUAUGAACGGCCCGCACGGCGUGUGUGCAGAGAGUUUGCAGUUUUGGCGCGCGAUGCUCGAUUUCUGCCAGCCUGCCGUGGACGAGCUAAAAAACUAUUUUCCGGAGAAUAAGCGGCGGCUGCGCAGCACCGUCGUCGACUGGGUGCUGCACAAGGGCUUCCAGCCGGCGACGGUCGACGACGCGCGGGCGAUGGCGGACUUCUUGAGAGAAAAUGCAGAUUUGGGCCACAAGCUUGCCGAGCUGGAGACGGCGCUGCGCGGGUGGCUGCGCGAGAUGCGGCCGUCGCGCGAGGCGGUGUGCUGGGCGCUGCUGCUGUGCGACUUGGGAGCGGCGGACGAGCGGUGUUUGGUGUACGAGCCGGCGCUCGUUGUGAACUGUGCCGCCACGCUCGGCGUGGCUCCGCAGCCUGUUUUCUCGCUGGAGGGAGAGCCGGUGGACAAACUGCUGCUGGCUAUCAACAGCGGGCAGGACCAGGCUGAUGGAUGUUUGGCAGCUCUGGCCGCGCAGCUCGCUCCUGCCGAGCUGCUGCGUGUGUGCGAAAAAAUCGCAGAAAAGAAUAUAUUUAUUGCGGCCCCCGACUUGUUGAUUCCCCUGGUCACCGCGCACGAGACGAAAACGCAGGAGCGCACGGUCGUGGCCCUGUGCCGGCUGCUGGAGCCCCACGUCGGCGUGUGGGCGCGCUCAGAUGCGUAUGCACACCUCUCUGAUAUUUACGGGUACCUGCUACAGCUGGACGAAAAAAGGCUCGUUUGCACGCGGCUGGCAAAGUUCCAUGUGCUCAGGCUGUGCAUCCGGGUGUACACGGAAACGAGGAGCCAGGAGGAACUGGCGCAGAUCGUGCGCUCGUUCACGCAGAGCAGCUGCUACGUGCGGCUGGACGUGGCUCCGUUUCUGGCUGGCGUGCUGGAGCUUAAUUUCGAUCUGCUCGCGACGCUGCUGGCGACGUUCGAGCCGCAGCGGUCGGCAGAGGCCGCGCGCGUGUUCUGCCGGUUCUGCGCCGCCGUCAGCGCGCGGUCCACGGCCGCCGGGCUGGCGUGUUUCUGCAACCUGCUGGACCUGUGCACGUUCGAGAACGUGGCGAGCCUGCUGCCAGAAACGCUGGCCGAACUGGCGCACGGCUGCGCGGGGCCACGCGCGUUUCUGGAAAAAUACAAGCUCCCCAUCGUCAAGGUCUGGAUGGGGUUUGGCCGGUCUGUGCUUGCGUUUCCGAGCGGGCUCUUUUCGCUCGACACGCGGCAGUUUCUGCAGCUCGUGGGCGCGGAGGUGGCGGCGAUGUGUCUUGCCUAUGGCGGGUCCGGGCUGAUUGCGCGCGUGGCCGCCGUUUCAGAGCGUACCCCGGCCGAGCUCGUGCGCGAUGCGGUGUCGCUUGCGGUGGCUCUUGCCUGGACGAAAAAUGGUUACAGACAAAAAAUAUUUGCCAGACUGGAGCAGCACUGCGCAGGCGAGCUUGAGCGCCAGAAAUGUCUUGUUCUCGACCGUGUCGUGGAACUCAGUGGGAGCGAGUUUGCGCAGUUUGAUCUGCAAAUCGAAGACGCGGUGGCAGAGCUGUUUGAGAUGGUAGCAGGCCCUGUGAACGACGAACUGGUGCACUUUCUGUGUAUGCGCGCGCUCGCACGGCUGUGUGCCGCUCCGGCCAACGAACAGGCCGCGCAGCUCGCGCGUUUUGAAACUCUAGUCCAGGACUGUCUCAAACUGAAUAUUCCGGCUUCCCUCUGCAAAAUAUACAUUCCCGUCGUUUGCAGGUACAGCAUUACCGUGGCAGCCGCGCUGGCGAACGCGGGGAAGGACCAGUACGAACUAUGGGCGCCGGUGCUCGCCCAGGCGCUGCAGGAACGCAGCGAGCUCAGCAAAUGGCUCUAUAAAAACAGAGACAGGUUCGAGGGCGACGGCGCGGAAACGGAGCUUCUCCGGACGGCGAUUGCGGUUCUGGCCGGCCGGCGGUGCCGGCUGGACGCCGACGACGUGCUGGGCGUGCUGGCGGCACGCAGAGACAAACCAACGGUGCAGCUGCUGUCUGCGCUGAUGGAGAGACUGGAAAUUCCGUCAGCUGCAGCGUGCACCCCAGAAACUGCCGCGGGCCUCUACGCCGUGCUGGAAAUGGGCGUGGCGGACAACCUGCGCAGGUUCGUCGCGUGCUGUCUGGCGCGCACCUACGAGCAAACGGGCUUCAACCCAGCCACAGAAAUUCCCGAGUUCGACCGCCGUGCGUUUGGUCACGUGACCGGGAGCAGGAUGGACCUGCGCUGGCUGCUGGACGUUUUGCGGCCGCAGCUGGCCUCUGUGCCGGCCCGGUUUGCGUAUCUCUGUGUGUGUGGUGUUCUGCGUGCCCAGAACCUGGAUUAUGUUUCUGAGGAGCCCGUGUGGCGGCUUGACGGUGUUGUCUGGCGACUUUUGGACACCACGCCGCCAAUCAGCGUCGAUAUCGAAAACCCGGCCUCCUGGGCCGUCGAAACGUUCCGCCGUGAUGUUCUGCUCACGCUGAUGGCCAUGCGGCCGGGCCCCGUCGCCUUGGCCCUGCGUGCUCUUAUCUUCCAUGACCAAACAGCAUUCAGCCACGUCCUGCUGUAUCUCCUCGACAGCGACAAAACCAUGGGCCCUGUCAUUUCCAAUUUGCUCUGCGCCGUCUUUUCCAGGCCGUCUGCCCCCUGCAUUACCAAGGAAUUCACCGAGUUCGUGCUGCUGCUGCGUGCUGCCACGAUCCGCGAAAAUAAAUCGUGUUUGCGCCUGUACGCCCAGCUGGACCUCGAAAAAGUGUACAAGGCAGCCGCGCCGCUGGCUCCGCGCGCCGCACUCAUGCUCAUGGAGGAGCACUGCACCAGCGGGCGCGGCAAGGACUGGCGCACAGAGCACGAGUGGCUGUACAGGACGUACGCUGCGCUGGACGAAAAAGACCUCUUCUUUGGACUGCCCCUGCGCUCCAGCUGGGACUACGGCGUCGAUAGACUGCACUGGACAGACAACACGGGCGGGAGACUUAUGUUUGACAACGCCAGGUACAACGAGCUGCACGAGCCGCGCCAGCUGGUGGCGUCCUUGUUUGAUACAGGGUACGAUAGACUCUCGAGCCUUCUGGGCGGCCAGACGGCGACGCUGUCGUACGAGCAGCUGUGGAAACUGGGCGAAUGGAAACUGCCGACGCCUGCGGUGAGCGACAAACACACGGCGAUGUACUCGCUGCUGAAAGACGCACCGAGAGGGGCCGCUGAGCGCGCCGCGCACUUGGAAGCCAGGUUCGGCGACCUGGCGCGGCAGUUUGACGCUUUUCGGGAUCUCAGGCGCGCCCGCGAGUGGAUCGUCACGCUGGCGACGUUUGCGGCCGUACAGCAGCCGCGCUGCGACUCGUGGCUGGCCCGCACGUCGCCGUUCGAGAUCGCCGCCGAUCUGUACCAGGCGCGCACGGGGCUCUGGUCACGUGACCAGAGCCUCGACCUAGCCGUGGAUCUGCACCGGUACGCGGAGCUGUGUCGCGGGAGCGGGCGGGAGCAGCACGCGACGAACGCGGCUGUGCGUCUGGCGCGGCUGGGCGAGCAGGCAGGCGCGGGCACGGACGUGUGGGUGCUGUCGCAGUACAACGUGGCGGCGUCGUUCUGGACGCAGCACGAGACGAGCUAUGCGCUGGAGACGCUGCGGACGGCGUUGGCGCAUGUGUCUGUCAACGGCGAGCUGCCGCGGGGGCUUUUGCUGGCGAAACUGGUGCAAUGGUCGUACGAAUCGCGGCAGGAGACGGCCGACCGGCUGAUGAGCGAGUACGUGGAGACAGAAACGUGGGGGCAAGGCCAGGAGACGCAGCUGGCGCAGAUGUACCACAUUCUGGCCGAGUUUUGCGACGCUCAGGUGCGUGGGGGCGAGCUGGACCGGCAGAUCGAGAAGCUGGCGGCGGCGGUGGCGCAGCGGGAGCACGACCUUGCCGAGCUGAAGAAGUACGGCUCGAGCGCAGGUCGCGACGAGGCGCGGCGGAAAAAUGCGCGGCGCGCACACCAGAGGCUGCGUGUGCAGCAGGACGCGGAGCAGGAAGAGCUGGUGGGCGCGCGGCGCAACAAGACGCGGUAUUUGGGACGGGCCAUUGAUUUUUAUGUGCGUGCGGCGGUCGCCAACGACAACUGCGUCGACCGCAACGUGGACCGGCUGUGUGCUCUGUGGCUUGCGUACACGGACGUGGACGUGGGGGCGGGGCUGCACGACAUCGAGAAACACAAGUUUGUGCCGUGGCUGAACCAGCUCACGUCGCGGCUCGCGAGCCAGGCGAGCCGGUUCCAGCGCACGCUGCAACGGCUGGUGUUUGAGAUCUGUGUGCAGCACCCGUACGAUGGGAUGUACCUGCUACAAUCGCUGAUGCUGAGCGGGCGGGACAGCGCGGACGAGGCGUCUGUUGGACGCGGCGAGGCCGCGCGCAGCGUGUGGUCGCGGCUGCUGGCGUCGGAUGCUCGCGAAACUGCUACCAAAGUGGAGGCGAUGGCCACGGCGUGCGUGGAGCUCGCGAACCGCGACUUGCGUGGGGCAAAAUACACAGAUGUGGGGGGUUGGUGGGUGCGCACGCUGCCGGGGCUGCAAAUGCCUGUGCCGACCGUGCAGCGCCGCGAGACAAGUCGGGGCUACGAUACCGGCCAGUACGUCGUCCAGGUGGCCCCCACGGCCAAAAUCGCGGCUUCUGGGCUGAGCCUGCCCAAGAUUGUCAAGGUGGUGCUGGCAUCGGGCGAGACGCACCGGAUGAUCCUCAAGGGCGGGUCCGACGACCUGCGCCAGGACAGUAUCAUGGAGCAGGUGUUUGGGAAGGUGAACGUGCUGCUUGCGCAGGACGCGCGCGCUCGGAGGCGGCAGCUGCGUGUGCGUACGUACAAAGUUGUGCCGCUGGGCCCCCGGUCCGGCGCAAUCGAGUUUGUGUCGAACUCUGCCUCGCUGGACGAGCUGCUUCGUGGGUUGCAUGCGAGGGACAAGUUACGUGCGGACCGCGCCCGCGCAAGGAUGAAGAGUGCCCAGGAGCAUUCCCCCGCGCACCGCGUGGCGGUUUACAUGGACAUCUGCGAGCAGGUGCGGCCGUGCUUCCGCCAUUUUUUCUUCAACAACUACGCCGCCCCAGACGGCUGGUUCGAGGCGCGCCUGGUGUACAGCCGUGGGCUGGCGACGACCAGCAUUGUGGGUCAUGUGCUCGGGCUCGGCGACCGCCAUUGCAACAACAUCCUCGUCGACAAAGUCUCGGCCGAGCCGAUCCACAUCGACCUGGGCGUGGCGUUCGACCAGGGCCGUGCGUUUCCCGUGCCAGAGAUCGUGCCGUUUCGGCUGACAAGAGAUCUGAUGGACGGGCUAGGCGUGACGGGCACGGCGGGCGUGUUUAGCCGCAGCUGUGAGAACGUGUUUGGCGUGCUGCGUGCCAACUCCACGCACAUUAGCGACAUUCUCGACGUGCUCAAAUACGACCCACUUUACUCGUGGACGGUGUCUCCUGUGCGGGUGCGACGGGUGCAGGAAGAGUGGGGGGGAGACUGGGAUGAGGCUGCACGCCGCGACGUGGGGUCGGAGGCCAGCAUGGCGAUCGGCGGCGUGCUACGCAAACUACAGGCGCGCGGGCUCAGCGAGGAGGCCGUGGUGCGCGAGCUCGUGCGCCAGGCCACCGACAGCCGCAACCUGGCGUUGAUGUAUGCUGGCUGGGCGCCGUUCUUGUAA